CUUAUUUAGAAUUCAGUCUUUUUUUUUUUUUGUCAAGAGUGAAACAAAUAAAAAAAAUGUCAGUGGCUGAUAGUGGGACAAGACCCAGCUUGACUAUCAAUACUAAAAUCAAGCGUUGGACCAACCUGUUUAGUAGUAGCAAGACAACCACAAGUCCCACCCACAGUGCAAUAGGAUCCUCCUCUCCCUCCUCUGAAGAAGAAGCCUUGACAGCAGUAACAGAACAUUCUUCCGUCUUUAAAAAGUUUCAUGUACCCCAUUUUCACACAAAGAGAUCCAAGUCUACGUCAGCAGAAUACACUCCCUUUGAACCCGUAGCUCCUCAACCCAUCAUGCCAACCCCAGUACCAUGUUCACCAGACCUUCAUUCCUCUUCACCACCACCAGCACCUUGGGAAUAUACCAAGAUUCAAAAGCGACAUUCAAUGAAUGUCUAUGAUUAUGACACUCAAUACCAUUCUGACACAGAUGUUAUUCUUUCUGACACUUUAGAUCUUACCCCCAUUGAAUCUGUACCCACCGUUACCACCACAACCACCCCUACCAACACAAAUCGUAUACGACGUCGAUCCAGCUGUCCCACCUACGAUACACUUUCCUUGACUACCACCGAAAGUAGUAGUUCUACUUUGGUAGAGAAUGAUAUCAUGUCCAUCACCGAAGUACAUACUCGUAUCUCCUCUGUCUUCAAAUCGUACACCCAUCCAGCCGAUAAAAAAUGCAACCUGAAACCUUGUCGUAAAAUGAAGGCUCGUGCAGCCGAGGCUGCGGCCAACGGUACUGUCGCACGGACUUCAUCCUCCUUUUUAAAAUACAUGUAUAUACCCAACGUCUUUGAUCCCGUUACCCAUGACACUGUCUUGGCCAUGGCUUCUAUCAAACCUAGAAAAUAUCAACUCUAUCGUAAAACGAGCUGGAAAACAGAGGCGAAAGCCUUGAUGACUUGGCAUCAUACCUUGGAUGCUUACAUGGCUCAACCUGUCCCUUCGCCUCCUGAACAUCCCAAGUCCCCAGAAAAACAAGAGAAAAACGAUUUGACCCGUAGAUUCAUCAUGCGAGAGUUCUUUGUGACCGAAGUGAACUUUUGGAACCAGCUCUAUUACACCAAAGUCAUAUUUUAUGACGUCAUUGUCAAUGCCAUAGAGAACGGGAGCCAAUUUGUCAAACAGGACAACGUGGAUAUGUUUGCCAAUCUGUUUGACCUCAUGCAAUUUUCGGCUAAACUCAUCCACCGUCUCCGUCAUGUCCAGGUCGAUGAUCUCGAAAAGGCCUUUAAAGUCGAUUGCAAUAAUGCACACCUGGGUAAGAUUUUACGUGAUAUGGCUCAGGAUUUAGUCGUAUUUUUACGCUGUGCUUUGGAUUACAAGGAAAAUCGAAAACUGUUGGAUAACAAUGUUAAUAAUAAAGGUUAUCUGAGGUACAACCAGAAACUAAGUACGAGAAAGGAAACAAGUCAGUUUACAAUGAAAGAUUUUCUGAUUAUACCUAUUCAACGUGUAGCUCGUUACGGGUUAUUAAUUGCAGAUCUUAUUAAGCAUUCGGAACCAACAGAUGCCGAUUACAAUGACUUGAUCAUUGCUCAUAAAAUCAUUACCAGUCUUGCAUCUACCAUGAACUCUGUUCAAACCAAGAACAAGGCCUAAAUUCUAAUCUUUUUCUUAAACCCUUUGUACAUACAUAUAUCACAC